UUUUUUUUUUUUUGGAAAGCUUAGCUUUAGAAUUGGGCUGCCCUUUUUGUUUUGUCAGCUUUAGAAUUCCUGUUGAUCUACUAGUUGUUCUGUUGGGUGUUCAUAUCUGGUGACAUUUCUUAGAGUUAUUCAUUUCGUGCAGUUCAUAUCUGUUGAUGCAUAUGUUUUUUGCUCAAUAUCAAAGGCUUCUUUGUUUUGUUUUUGGGUUAAAUUUCCAUUUUUGAUGACACCCACAUUGGUUUUUAUCAGUUUUAGAACUUCCAUUGAUCUACUAGUUGUUGACCUUUCUUGUAGCUGUUCAUUUCUUGGAGUUCAUAUCUGUUAAUUAGCGCGAAAGCUGCCAUAAGGUGAAUGCGAUGAAAACGUUCGUUAUAUUGUUGCCAAUUUUAUGGGCUCUAUUUGCUCUUCAAGGGGCAACAUCUCAUGAAGAUCACCCUCUAUCAAGGAUUGCUGUUCAUAAGGCUAUUGCGGCCUUGGAUGCACGUGCUUAUAUCAAAGCUACUCCUUCUGUUCUUGGGUCAAAUGGUGUAAACCAAGAAUGGAUAACUCUGGAGUACGGCAGAAGCAACCCCUCAAAUGAUGAUUGGGUUGGAGUGUUUUCUCCUGGCAAUUUCAGCGCAGCUACUUGUGACCCUGAAAAUAACAUGGUGACUCCACCACUUUUGUGCACAGCUCCUAUAAAGUAUCAAUUUGCAAAUCGGUCCAGUCCUAACUACAAAAGGACAAGAAAAGGAUCGUUAAAGCUUCAAUUGAUCAACCAGAGAUCAGAUUUUUCCUUCGCUUUGUUUUCUGGUGGAUUACGAAAUCCAAAGCUGGUUGCAGUGUCAAAUACUGUUGCCUUUGCAAAUCCAAAUGUACCAUUAUACCCACGGUUAGCACAGGGAAAGACGUGGAAUGAAAUGACUGUUACAUGGACAAGUGGAUAUGAUAUCAAUGAAGCAGAGCCAUUUGUGGAGUGGGCUCCACAAGGUGGACAAAAAACUCGUUCACCGGCUGGGACUUUGACUUUUGAUCGUAGUAGCUUGUGUGGUGCACCAGCAAGAACUGUUGGAUGGCGUGAUCCUGGAUUCAUUCACACGAGUUUUCUGAAGGAGUUGUGGCCCAAUUUAGUAUAUACCUACAAGCUGGGGCAUAAACUGUUUAAUGGCACAUAUAUCUGGAGUCAAGUGUACAAAUUUAAAUCAUCUCCCUAUCCUGGUCAAAACUCUCUUCAGCGAGUGGUCAUUUUUGGUGACAUGGGAAAGGAAGAGGCUGAUGGCUCAAAUGUGUACAAUCAAUACCAACCUGGUUCCCUUAACACUACCAAGCAAAUCAUUGAGGACUUAAAGAACAUUGACAUAGUCUUUCACAUUGGUGAUAUUGUUUACGCCAAUGGAUAUCUUUCUCAGUGGGAUCAAUUUACUUCUCAAGUUGAGCCAAUUACUUCAAGAGUACCAUACAUGAUUGCUAGUGGCAACCACGAACGCGAUUGGCCAGAUAGUGGGUCAUUUUAUGGUAAAAAGGAUUCAGGUGGAGAAUGUGGUGUCCUGGCUCAGACAAUGUUCUAUUUUCCUGCCGAAAAUAGGGAUAAGUUUUGGUACUCUACUGAUUAUGGAAUGUUCAGAUUUUGUAUUGCUGAUACUGAACAUGAUUGGAGAGAGGGCACUGAACAAUAUAAGUUCCUUGAACACUGCUUUGCAUCAGUAGAUAGACAGAAACAGCCAUGGCUAAUCUUCCUUGCACAUAGGGUGCUUGGUUAUUCUUCUGGUGAUUUUUACGCCGAUGAUGGAUCAUUUGGAGAGCCAAUGGGGAGGGAAAGCCUUCAAAAGCUUUGGCAGAAGUAUAAAGUUGAUAUCGCCAUAUAUGGCCAUGUUCAUAAUUACGAAAGGACAUGUCCCAUUUACCAGAAUAUUUGUACGAUGAACGAGAAGAACUCGUACAAGGGAACCUUGAACGGGACAAUACAUGUCGUGGCAGGGGGAGGUGGAGCUGGUCUAGUAAAGUUUACAUCCCUCCAGACUAAGUGGAGUAUUUUCAAAGAUUAUGAUUACGGAUUUGUGAAGAUGACAGCAUUCGAUCAUUCAAACCUGUUAUUUGAGUACAAGAAAAGCAGAGAUGGCAAGGUAUACGACUCUUUCAAUAUAUCCCGGGAUUACAGAGACAUCUUGGCAUGCACUGUGGAUAGCUGCCCAAGCAUGACAUUGGCAUCUUGACUGAUUUUAUGAAGAAAGACCUGAAGUUUGAUUUCUGUUAUGCACUGAUCUAGCAUCCCACGAUACCAUCGAUAUCUCUAUAGGACAGUAUGGUACACAAAGCAUCCGGCAUUAGCUGGACCCAAGGAAUCCAGUUCAGAGCCACAAGCACCAGGAGCAUAAACAGUUUGGGUGAAUAUUUACUUGAUUGUGUUAAGAAGGUUCAUGAUUGGGAAGGUUUAUGUAACAUUUGUGAGAUACAAUGUACUAUUACUUUCAUCUUUCAUAAAGGUUUUUGUGUUGUUGGAAAAGGAAAUUGGUAAAGAAAGCCAUAGCAUUAUUAUUUAUGAACAAAAGAAUCUUUUAUCAA